CCACAAUGCCCCGCAAACUAACUAAUUACCCUAAGGUUACGCCCGGAAGAGUUGAGAGUGGCCGGUUGAAUAUGCUCUGUUGUAUUUAUGCAAAUCCUGCACACAUUCUCCUCCUCACGGUGCUGUGAGAGAGAGGGGAUUGAAUUCACAGGUUUUGUGUUAUUUGUGGUGUCAAAGAGAAAGUAAAAGAAACAUUUAACCUUGCAAGGAUUUUCUUUUUAAGAAUAAGUGGAUAUAGUUUGGGUUAGUGUGCUGUUUCGUAGACUGCACGUGUUUUUAAAACCUGUACAUUUCAAUGCAUGUGGAGGAAGCCGGUAAGUUAGACAGAACAGUUUUGCUAUUGUAUUGUCUUUCUUUGUCUGACUGAUUGAGAGUUGUAAGCAAGGGAAGCGUGCUCUUUUGUUUGAGGGCUGAGCUUGUUCUUUGUUUUAUAGGGGGAACAGACAUUUUUUUUUUCUAUAACGUUAUUGCAGUUCCUGUUUUUAAAAUGCACUACAUGAAGAAAUAUUUUACAGAAGGGCUGAUUCAGUUUACAAUUGUACUGAGUUUAGUUGGGGUUAGGGUAGAUGUUGACGUGAACAGCUACUUUUCACCGCUUCUAGAGACCAGUUUGGGGCCAAGUUCAGUUUAUAUACAAACGCCGUUUCACAAUUUAAGGGACAGUUUAGGUGGCUAUAGUUUGCACCGCAAAUGUCCCGAUUUGGACUACUAUUUCACAACCAGAAGACUUUUGAAUGAAGUGAAAUCUCUCGGUACUGCUCGCUUCCCCAUUACUGAAGUAAACGCGUGGUUGGUCCACACAGUUGCCAGAGAACCUGACACUGACAGUUCGGUAGUAAAUGGGGUACAAAAUACCCAUAGUUCCAAUGAUAACGAAAACAACAAUGAAGGAACCCAUAGCCAUCCAAGACAAGGGAGCAGCCAGCAUGAUCAUCAGCAAUCAGAUCAAGACCACAACACCGGGGCCUUGGCCAAUCCGAGUGGAAGUGAACUCACAAAAGAGGAUAUUGAAUUGAUUGAUGUACUUUGGAGACAAGAUGUAGCUGUAGGAGUGGGGAGAGAAGGCUUUGGUCAUCUGCAAAGAGGUGAUGACCACGCUGCCGAGGACCGGGAGGAAAAGGAAACGCACAACCAGGACUCGGAAACAAGUCUGCAGCCUAGUGAUGCAGAAGAGAGAGAGCGCUCAGCCUCAGAUAAUGAGGAUUUGCCUGGUGGUAGCCCUGAUCCCUUAUCACUAUUGCAGGGGGCUUCUCUGGAACCGCAGAGUGUUUUGGGUGUUGAAGUGGAACAACGGUGGCAGGACUUCCUGUCUUUGUCUGAGUUACAGGGUAUAGAAACUGAAAAUGUUCAGCCUAUUCCUAAUCCAACAAUAUCAGAAAUUGGCAUGGAUAUUUCUGAAGCCAUCAGUCAAAAUGUCAGUCUUCAUGAUGCUACCCAGGCCUUCAGAACAAGCAGUGGAGUAACACGGAAUGAAGGCAGUCAGACUCUUCUUCGUCUGGAAUCUACUAAUUCAACACAUGUCGAUAUGUUGCUCAGUGUUGCCAACCUGACAUCAGAACUAUUCCCCCUUGUUGAAAACUGCACCAGAAAUGCAACUAACCAAAACCCCUUGUCUGGCUUUCUUGACGAGGCAGUGUUUGAUCAAAUUAAUUUAAUGGGUCUUGGUAUAGAAGGUAUGGACAACAUGGACACUCAAAUAUUAGAAGAACCUGACUCGGAUUCUGGACUCUCUCUAAACUGUAGUUCCCGUAGCCCUGGAUCCUCGAGCAGUUCAGAAGUGUCUUCCUCUUCGUCAUGCUGUGAUGACGAAGGAGCUGUGGGUUACAGCAGCGAUGGUGAAUCAGAUUCCUGGGAUGCUGUGGGAGGGGCUGAAGGAGGCAGCACAUUUUGUAGUCCCCAAAACAGCAAGUGGUCUCCCUUGCAAACAGCAGAAAACGUCUGUCAUAAUCACACAUACAAUCAGAGCCCAAACCAAAAUGUUUCGGCCUCUCCUCUUCAACAUUCUGGGUUUGGAAAACUAAAGAGCAUCAAGAGAAAUGCUAGUGAAGAUCUAGACCUCAGUCGGGACGAAAGAAGAGCAAGGGCACUUCGAAUCCCGUUCUCGGUGCAAGAGAUUGUCAACAUGCCUGUGGAUGAGUUCCUGGAGCUUCUUUCCAAGUAUGAUCUUACAGAGGUUCAGGUAACCCUGAUCCGCGACAUUCGGCGCAGAGGAAAAAACAAGGUGGCAGCACAAAACUGCCGCAAACGCAAGUUAGAUGUCAUCUCAAACCUGGGAAACGAUGUGGACGAGCUUCAGAUGCAGAAGGAGAAGCUGCUGAAGGAAAGGACCCAGCAGAACAAAUCAAUCGGCACGAUGAAACAAAAACUGAAUGAGCUGUACCGAGAUGUGUUCAGCCGAUUACGAGAUGAGCAAGGCAGGCCAGUCAACCCCAGCCAGUACUCUCUGCAGUGCAACAGUGACGGCAGUGUGUUAGUUGUGCCUCGCCGACUGAUGACAUUACAGCAGAAACCAGACAAAAAAACAAAGGACAAGAAGCACUGACAGUGCAGGAGUUGAACUGCUGAAGGUUCCCACCCCCACCCUGGCAACUGACCCUGAGAAAAGACUCCUUUUGAUGACUUGUUUGCUCUAAUGCAUAACUGCUGCUGUUUUUAAGGAGAAAUGUAUUUUUUGCAUAAGUUACAUAAGGACAAAGGGGUUGUAUUUAAGCAAAAUGUUUUAUUUUUGUAUUAUUAUUAUUAUUAUUUUUUUUUUUAGGUUUAACCCCCCACUGAUUGCCUCCACCCCAAAAAAUGAUAUAAUAUGGGGUUUGUUGCUGCAUGCUGUACAGGGUUAAAUAAUUUGGUUUUGUAUUCAUGGUGGAUUUUUCAUUUAAGAAGUUUUCAAUCUGUUUGUGGAAUUCUUACGACUAAAAGUGGACAUUUUCACCUUUUAAGAGGAGUUUACUGGAUAAAAACAAAUCUGCGGACAGAAUUACAAUGGAGAAAAUAGUUCUGCACAUUUUGUAACACUUGUGUAACGCAGGCCUUUGGACCUGCAACAACCUACAAAGAGUCUUUAUCUAAAUCUAUUUAGUACAGUCAAACCUGUAUAUUGAGAGGAUUCCCUUUGAUACAAGACCAAUUUUAGAUGGUCCAUUGAGAGGUCAAUAUAUGCUGAUUUUGACAACUUCUGAUGGCAUCAAUGUAAUAUAACAAAUAAUUUGUUAUCAAAUGCAGUACCACAGCCAGUUGACACAAGGGACUUGAUGUCGACUUGUACAACUCAGCCACAGCACCCUAAUAAUUUACAGGUAAAUAUUACGAGCGUGAUUUGUAUGUAUCUUUUUCUCCAGAAGACAACAGGAGUAGUGUCUGUAUUCAUUGCCGUUAACAUUGAUUGAUGCUUGGUAUAGUCCAGGCUCAUUUAUUUGAAGUCCGGUUCAUAGCUAGUCAAUUUAGCUUCAUGCAAGCAUUCAUGCUUUCUUCUGUUAAUCUUGAGCGCAAUUGUUUUUGAUGUGAUUCAAGUGGGAGAAUGCCUUUUCGCACACAUAGGUGGAGCCAAACACCGUUAAGAGAGCAAAACUGACAUUCUGCAGUGUGCCGUUUGUAAGUGGAAGUUCAUUCCAAGUUUGCAGAAUGAGGUUAUCUUCGCACUCCAAUGUCUUCAAAUCAGUCCAUUUGUGCAGUUUUGCGUGUUACCAAGUGAGGCUUUCCAUAUUUGAAUUUAGAGUGCGAAACUUUUCAACCCAAAUGUCUAACUCCUUGAAGUCGGUAACCUCAAGCUCCAAAUCUCUGAUUUGAGAUGCCUUGAAUCACCGUCAAGUCCAGUGUUUCAACACGAGAUUCAUAGGGACGAAUCAUAAGCUUGAAUAAAGUGCUGUGUCUCCGAAAGUCCACAAAGAGACUUGACCGACAUUAGCAGAUCAGAUAUACAGUGCCAUGAAAAAGUAUUUGCCCCGUCUGAUUUUCUGCAUUUUUGCAUAUUUUUGAUACUGAAUGUUAUCAGAUCUUCAACCAAUACCUAAUAUUAGAUAAAAGGGACCCUGAGUGAACAAAUAACACAAAAAUGUGAUACAUAUUUCAUUUAUUUAAGAAAGUUAUGCAACACACAAUGCCCCCGUGUGAAAAAGUAAUCGCCCCUUAGACUCAAUAACUGUUUACUCCACCUUUAGCAGCAAUAACUGCAACCAAACGCUUCCUGUAGUUAUUGAUUAGUCUCUCACAGCGCCGUGGAGGAAUUUUGGCCCACUCCUCCAUGCAGAACUGCUUCAACUCAGUGACAUUUGUGGGUUUUCGAGCAUGAACUGCUCGUUUCAGGUGCUGCUACAACGUCUCAAUGGGGUGUAGGUCUGGACUUUGACUAGGCCAUUCCAAAACUUUAAAUUUCUUGUUCUUCAACCAUUCUGAUGUAGACUUGAUUGUGUGUUUCGGAUCAUUGUCUUGCUGCAUGACCCAGCUGCGCGACCCAUCUGCGCUUCAGCUUCAGCUCAUGGACGAAUGGCCUGACAUUCUCCUGUAGAGUUCUCUGAUACAGAGCAGAAUUCAUGGUUCCUUCAAUGAUGGCAAGGCGUCCAGGUCCUGAUGCAGCAAAACACCCCCAAACCAUGACACUGCAACCACCAUGCUUGACCGUUGGUAUGAGGUUCUUACUGUGGAAUGCAGUGUUUGGUUUUUGCCAGACAUAACGGGGCCCAUGUCGGCCAGAAAGUUCAAUUUUUGACUCAUCUGUCCAUAGAACAUUGUUCCAGAACUCUAGAGGAUAAUCCAGGUGCUUUUUGGCAAACUUGAGACGAGCAUUCAUGUUCUUAGUGAGCAAUGGUUUCCGCCUUGCUACUCUGCCAUUAAUCCCAUUUUUGCCCAGUGACUUUCUGAUGAUGGAGUCAUGAACACUGACCUUAGCCGAGGCGAGAGAGGCCUGCAGAUCCCUGGAUGCUGUUCUAGGGUUCUUUCUGAUUUCCUGGACGAUUUUCCGCCUUGCUCUUGGAGAGAUUUUGGCAGGAGGCCACUCCUGGGAAGAUUCACUACUGUCCCAAACUUUCUCCAUUUGGACAAUAUGGCUCUGACUGUGGUUCAGUGGAGCCCCAGAGCCUUAGAAAUGGCUUUGUAACCCUUUCCAGACUGAUAGGCAUCAAUAACUUUUUUUCUGGAGGUCUUCAGGAAUUACUUUUGUUUGUGGCAUGAUGUGCCUCUAGAACCUGUGUGCUGACAACUUCACUCUGAUGGUAAGGGCCAAAGUUAGUCAGAUUUAUAUUGGGCAGAGCUGGCCCAAAUCAGGCCUGGUUGUUAACCAAAGUACUCAAACAGCUGACCCUAAUUAUUCCUUUAAUUGGAUUGAGUUAACGGGAAGAUUGCAUGUUUGAUUACCUUGCACACCAAACAAAUGAAAGAAGCACCAAACUUUGGUGUCAUUUUUUCUCUGACUCCCUGUAUGUACUACUACAACCCACAAAAAAAUCUGACCAAAUACAAUGUGAAAAAUGUGCAAAAAUGCAGAAAAUCAGACGGGGCAAAUACUUUUUCACGGCACUGUAAACGCCACUGCGGAUCUAGAUUGUUGCUAGGAUCCUCUGCCAUGCAUGAAUCUCGAAAGAUUUGUCAGUGAGUCAGUUUGCCAGUCCCAUCUCUGAUGAACAGAUUCAUUUUGGAUUCAAAUGCAAAAACUGCCUGCUGUAGAGACAGGACAGAGUUUCUGUGCCCUUGAAGUUUAACAUUAAGUUGAUUCAAAUGACCUGUAAUGUCCAGAAGAUAAUAAAACUUGAGAAGCCAGUCAGACUGAAAGUUCAUGUUGUGGAACACCUUUCAUUUCUAGGAAUGUCUUUACUUCUUUAAGCAGGCAGCAAAGUGAGCUAAAACUUUGCCACGGGACAGCCAACAUACACGGUUGUGCAACAGAAGUCCUGAAUACUCACAAUCCACUUCUUCCAGCAGGGACUGGAAUUGACAGUGAUUGAGGGCUCAGGUAAGAAUCCAAUUGACAAUACUCACUACCGAUGCCAUUACAUCACAAAGUUCUACUCCACACGACUGCAGAGAGUUCCUGGUGCGUAAUACAAUGAAAGCUUUAAAUGGGAUGUUUCUGUUCUGACAAAACAGCAAGGUAUCCCUUGUUUCUCCAUCAUGCUGGAUGCACCGUCAGUACACACUGAAACAAGCUUCCCUAACUGGAUCUGCUUCUCACUAACAAAAUUCAGCACAGUUGGCAGAAUUGCAAGCAUUUCUUCUCGUAAUAAGUUGCCACAUAUAUAUCACCCACGAGUACAUAGUUGUGCAACAUCAGACAUCCGUUGACUCAUCCAAAGCAAAUGAAAAAUGCUGCAGAACUUCUAUUUUCUAUUUGCUGCUUGUCAACCUGAUCAGCCAUUUUCACAGCUCGAUCGUGAACUCUUUUUACAAAUAAAGGCAUAUCUUGUAUUUGCUGCAAGAUUUUAUCUUUGUUGGGGAACUCAUGAAAUAGCUCUGUCUGUAUUAAGCAUAUAGCUCUUCACAUAUUCGCCAUCAGUGAAAAGCUUACCUUUGCGAACGAUCUCUAAAGAGCCUACGAAACUUGCUGAAUUUACACUUCCACCUUUAUUUGACCAUGCCAGUAGUUUACUUUGCCCCGCUUUCAUUUUUCUUUGCAGCUCCUCACAGGCCUUUUUCCACGCCUCACAUGGGUAUUUCGCUGCAAAUGUAGCAUGUUUUGUCAUAAGAUGUCGUUGUAAAUUCGAUUUUUUAAUUUGAAGCCAGUUGUUCACUGUGUUUUGAGACAAAGGCGUACACAUCAGUCCAUUCCGGCUGAAAAGAACUGUAUUCCUCACCCGACUUCUUUCUUUUUGCCAUUUUUAAAAUGAAACUAAAGUGCUCUACAAUACACUUCGAAACUGAAAAAAAAAACGCUGUAAAAGAGGGGUUACAGAUUGACUCGUGUGCAUAUUGCUUGUUGACAGAAUUGUCAACCAAUCAAAACACGAUACAACAGACUCCAGGAAUACAAGCACCAAUAAAAGCAGUGGGUAGGUGGAUGUAAAUGUAAAUAAACAAAUAAAUAAAGGGAGAUAUCACGUCC